AUGUUCUUUUUCACAGAUCACACCAUCCAGUCUGUUUUCUGCUGCUGCUGCUGCUGCUGCACAGUGCAAAAAAGAGCAAUGAGAACAAAAAUGAACCUGGACCCUGAUACUGGCCUGGUGACCCAGUACUCAGCCUCACAACCAGACAUUUCCUAUGCAUCUACUUCGAAGUGCAGGCGUAAGAGGCAAUUGCAGUUAAAGAACAAGCUGUUACCUCCUCUACCUGCUGAAGCCUUGGAAGACUACACAAAAAAACCCAGAGUUAUUGCACUCUAUGACUUUUUUGCUAGAGGACCCUCAGAUUUAUCGCUGAAGAAGUCAGAAGAAUACAUUAUCCUCGAACAGUAUGACCCUCACUGGUGGAAGGCAAGAGACCAACAUGGGAAUGAAGGUCUAAUUCCCAGCAACUAUGUUACUGAGAACAAGAAAAGCAAUUUAGAAAUAUAUGAGUGGUACUGCAAAAACAUAAACAGAAGCCAGGCAGAACUACUCUUGCGCCAGAAGUCCAAAGAAGGUGCAUUUGUUGUUAGAGAUUCAAGUCAAAAGGGACUUCUUACGCUGUCCAUGUAUUCGCAGGCUAAAGGAAGUCAUAGUGGAGAUAUUCGACAUUAUCAAAUUAAGAAAAACCACUUGGGACAAUAUUAUGUAGCAGAAAAAUAUCUCUUUUCAUCUGUUCCUGAACUCAUCGAGUAUCAUCAACACAAUGCUGCAGGUCUUAUCACUCGUCUACGACAUCCAGUGGGAUCACCCAGAGGUUCUUCACCAGCAACAGCAGGAUUUAGUUACGAGGACUGGGAAUUAAACCCAUCUGAACUGACAUUCAUGAAGGAACUUGGGCGUGGGCAGUUUGGAGUUGUUCAGCUGGGUAAAUGGAAAGCAACCAUCAAGGUUGCCAUCAAAACAAUCAAUGAAGGUGCAAUGUCUGAAGAUGAUUUCAUUGAGGAGGCCAAAGUGAUGAUGAAACUCUCCCACCCGAAGCUGGUCCAGCUUUAUGGAGUGUGUACACACCACAAGCCUCUCUACGUUGUGACUGAAUUCAUGGAAAAUGGCUGCUUGCUCAAUUACCUUCGGCAAAGGCGAGGGAAACUUGGCAGAGACAUGCUGCUGAGCAUGUGCCAGGAUGUGUGUGAAGGGAUGGAAUACCUGGAAAGAAAAAGCUUUAUUCACCGUGAUUUAGCUGCAAGAAAUUGUUUAGUCAAUGCUGAGCACAUCGUUAAGGUAUCUGACUUCGGCAUGGCAAGGUACGUCAUUGAUGACGAAUAUAUUAGCUCUUCGGGUGCCAAGUUUCCAGUCAAAUGGUCAUCUCCUGAAGUCUUUCAUUUCAAAAAAUAUAGCAGCAAAUCAGAUGUGUGGUCAUUUGGUGUACUUAUGUGGGAAGUUUUCACAGAAGGCAAAAUGCCUUUUGAAAGUAAGUCAAAUUCUGAAGUUGUCCGUGAGAUUUCUCAGGGUAACCGACUUUAUCGACCACAUUUGGCAUCACAUACUGUGUACAAAGUCAUGUACAGCUGCUGGCAUGAGAAACCUGAAGGACGUCCUACUUUUGCAGAGUUAAUAGAGACCCUCACAGAUAUAACAGUGAUAGGAUAA